GCCGGCUUUAUUAGCGUUUCAAGGGUGCAAUUAAUAAGCUACGCAAAAUUACGAUACAAUCGAGAGUUUUUCAUUUGGAGCAUUUGAUCUAUUCGGUUGCGUUAAAAAGAUGUCGCGUAGAACGCCUGCUUGGAGGUAUUAUGGCAAAAUGCAAAUCGCUUGCUAUCCUUUCAGUAAAGAAAAUAACUGAUAUCGCGCUUCAGAAGCCCCGAACAACGUUUUUUAUAUACGCGUAUUCAGAUGUGGCUUGUCUAAUCCUAACGCAAAUGGCCUCGCUAAUCUACACUUCGGAUGGAAUUGGAAUAGCAAAAAGGCAACUUAUAAGGUCGCGGAAACCCCAAACUAUUAUCUCGGUCGUAUACCUACAUUUAAAUUUCCCGCAGAUAACGAAAUCUUUUUAUUUCGAAUUAGCAUUCCGCCACGCACGGCGGCGUAUAAAUAAAUCGGUCUCCUUCCAUAAUUUUAAAAGUUCCAGACAAAAGUAAAAAGGUCACUUAACCGUAUAAUUUUAAAGAAAGUCGCCAUGAUCGAGAAGGGCGGAGCUUAUCUAGUGCUAAGUUUGGCGGUCAACUGCGUCUGCGUCCGAGCUUUGCCGCUAGAAGACAACGACGUGGUGCCCGACGUAGAUUUGUCUUAUUUGGGAGACAGACUCUUCAAGACACCCAGCGAAGAGACUGGAAAAAUCGUCGAAAAUUGGAAUGCAACGUCAGAAUACAACCCCGAGGAGUUGGGGGAGUACGCGGAGGGCGAUAUCGUGUUCCCCAAAAAGGGGAGGAACGGCCUAAUCGCCGAAGCAUCGAGAUGGAAGGACGGGGUGAUACCGUACGAAAUAAAGGGCCCCUACUACCAAGACGACAUCGACACGCUGAACAAAGCUUUCAACAUCUACCACAAGUACACCUGCUUAAGUUUCCGUAAGAGGUUACCAUCGGACGACGACUACGUCUCGAUCGUCAACACCCCGACCGGAUGUUGGUCCAGCGUCGGCCGCAUAGGAGGCAAGCAGGAGAUUAAUCUACAGAGCCCUUCGUGUACAUCGAGGAUAGGGACGCCGCUGCACGAGUUGAUGCACGCCGCUGGAUUCCUGCACGAGCAGAACCGAUUCGAGAGGGACGAAUACGUGUCGAUCGCGUGGCAGAACAUCAAAAGAGGUCACGAGAACAACUUCGACAAAGCGGACAAAGAGAAGACGAACGGAUUCGGCGUGCCGUACGAUUUCAGAUCUGUGAUGCACUACUCGAGGAAAGCGUUCUCCGUCAACGGACAACCCACCAUCAUACCGAAGGAUCCGUCCAAGGCGGAGAAGAUGGGUCAACGGGAAGGUUUCAGCAGGGGAGACCUCGCGAAAAUCAACCAGAUGUACAAAUGUCCAGAGAAAACGGACCAGGUGACGGGCAAUGUCAGCGGCAACGCGCAGACCGGGGGCAAUAAGAACGAACCUUCGAAUCCGUUAUUAGAGGCGGCCGGAAAUUUUUUGACGUGGCUAUUUCACCGAAAAUAAAACCCGUGUUC